GCGCCAGUCGCUUUCUCAGCGGCUGCCCCUCCCUGUCCUCGCCGUGUUCAUCGCAGCCGUCGUCGCCCUCCUCAUCCUCCCCCGUCGUCCUGAUUUGCUUCGGUUGAGGAAGUGAAAUCGCUGACAGGGUUGGGUUCCGAGAGAGAGAGCGAGGCGAAGAUAAACAGCAGUCGUUGGGAAGCGACGGCAGCUAAACGGGGAAAAGACGAGCCGGAGACGCGUACAUAAAUAAAUAAACGAAAUAAACAAGCGGAAAGCAUUUAACUGCUGAGACCUACUUGCCGAGUCGCAGACAUGACUGAUCAGCAGCUGGACUGUGCCUUGGACCUGAUGAGGCGUCUGCCUCCCCAGCAGAUUGAGAAGAACCUCAGUGACCUCAUCGACCUGGUGCCCAGCCUUUGUGAAGACCUGUUGUCUUCAGUCGACCAGCCCCUGAAGAUCGCCCGGGACAAGGUGGUGGGCAAGGACUACCUACUGUGUGACUACAAUCGUGACGGCGACUCCUACAGGUCCCCCUGGAGCAACAAGUAUGAGCCCCCCAUCGACGACGGCGCCAUGCCCUCUGCCCGCCUGCGCAAGCUAGAGGUGGAGGCUAACAAUGCCUUCGACCAGUACAGAGACCUGUACUUUGAGGGAGGCGUGUCAUCGGUGUACCUCUGGGACCUGGACCAUGGCUUUGCGGGCGUCAUCCUCAUCAAGAAGGCUGGCGAUGGCUCCAAGAAGAUCAAAGGGUGCUGGGACUCCAUCCACGUGGUGGAGGUGCAGGAGAAGUCCAGUGGGCGCACGGCUCACUACAAACUAACCUCCACUGUGAUGCUGUGGCUCCAAACCACUAAGACGGGAUCUGGCACCAUGAACCUUGGGGGUAGCCUUACCAGACAGAUGGAGAAAGACGAAACGGUGGGAGACUCUUCUCCACACAUCGCCAACAUCGGCCGCCUCGUGGAGGACAUGGAGAACAAAAUCCGCUCUACCCUGAACGAGAUCUACUUUGGGAAGACCAAGGACAUUGUCAAUGGCCUGAGAUCUAUUGAGUCUUUGCCCGAUAACCAAAGGUACCGUCAGCUCCAGAAGGAGCUUUCUCAAGUUCUCAACCCAACGCCAGAGCCUCAUUCAGGCCGACAACUAGGGCGUGGGAGGAGUAUUCAGACCCUGGCUGAUAUAUCCAAGCAAGAGGCUUUGAGGAAUGACCUGAUGGAAGCGCUCAAACGCAAACAACAGAGCUAGAAAUGCCCUUGCUCUCUCUCUCUCUCUUUCUCUCUGUCCUGUCUCUCCCCUUUUUCUUUGAUCCUCCCUUCCCCAGGGACUGUUUAUGGUCCUCUGUCUGCCCAAAAGCUCUCUGUUUCUGUCUCUUAUUUUUGUCUAUUCUGCUUUCAUGUCGAUCGGCUAAAAAAGGAAAAUGUAUUUUAUUCAUAGCUAUUUUUAUUUUGUUUUUCUUUUUUCCGGGAGCACCUCAUCGCCGUGGAAGUCGUCGGCCCUCCUGGCCGUGUUCCCCUCCGAGUGCCAGACUGCGAUGGCAGAAGUGCGGUAUCGCUGGUUGCCACAGCGACUUUACCCGCUUUCUUGCCGGGAAUUUGGAUGGGGCUGUACACCACGACCUUCGCUUUUUCUACUAAAGGCAGCUGGGCCUGGCUGGGAGUGGAGCUAGAGAAAAUACAUUUUUUUUCCUGCAUCUUUUUUUUAAAAUCUGUGUUCUAAGCGUAAUAUUGACUUUUGCGCUCAAUCUGAGCUCCGCCUCUCACGCCUCCAGGUUUCCCAUGUAAAAAGUAAAAUGUUACUGUUUAGCCCCGCGAGGGAGUCUCCCAUCAGUUUCCUGUGCUGUGGGGGCCUCCAGCUGCUGCCUGCUGCCCCACCCCUCUCGUAUCCUGCCCCCAUCCUGCCCUCUAGUGGGGGAGGAGGUAAUUGCUGACAAAUACUCAGAUGUAUAGAAAAGGACAGUCAUAAUAGGAGGAGGAAAUAUGUCUACAGUGUGAACCGAUAUCACCACAUUUUUUUUAGGGGGGGGGGUUGCUUUGUGGGAGCGUUUUUUUUGUUUUAUUUUUUUUUUGUUUUGUACUUUUGUCGGUUCAGUCAUUUCUGUUCUUGGAAUGCUUACAGUCUGUUCGUAUUGGUAGAGCAUCCAUCAUCAAUAAAAACCAAACGUGAUAAACCGCCA